AUGCAACCUCCUAGGCCGGGAAAGCUAGAUCGGAAAAAAGAGCGACCAUACAAGGCGAUAUCAGUGCCGGUGGAACGUCUGAAAACCGUACUUGAGCAAUACGAUAAAACAUGGAAGCCGAACAUGAGGAAGCUGCGUGCCAAUGCUCAAAUGAUUGACAACGAACUAUUUGUACAAAAUCCGGAGGAGAUGCCGGAAAUGUCGGUGACAGCUCAGCUGAUAAUAGAACAGUCGGCGAAGAGAGCCGUGAGUUUGGCCGAGGAGAGCAUCCGACAGCACAAAGACCUGCACAACUACGUCUCCAAGGUGGGGAAGGCCGUGGACAGAAGCUUCGCCCGUGACAUCGUCGGCAUUUUCGCGCACGAGAAGGAUAUCGAAAGCGACAAGGACUGCCAAGUGGCGGCCCUCGGAAUGAUCUACGACUUCUUGCUUGCCGACGGACGCGAUGAGAUAGCCGAAACACUGCGCAAGGUAAUUUUCUUUUACCAAUAAGACGAAUAAAAAUUUUGAGAGGCAUUGAAAUCCGCGGUAAUUCAAAACAUUAUUCAGCAAGAACUAACGCCCAGAAAAAACUUUCUAAAAUUGAAAACUUCAAAAAAAGUAUAUCAUAAAAUCUAAGCUCUUUGCAAACAUGUUCUGUCGUUUUUCAAACCUUAGAUACUCAGUUUUAUCGGCUGUUGAUGAACUGGCCUCUCACAAACUCUUAUAAACACGUUGAAUGUUUUCGUCUUCAUCUCCUUUCCAAUGUCACUUUUCCAAAGAGGAUUCGUACAAAAAGAAACAAAAAUUGGUGUUUUCUCGGGUUGCCAGAGAACUUCCUAGGCGUGGCACACCUGUAAACUUUCUCCAUAGGAACCUGGGAAACGGUUAGAUGUAUCGCUGGCAAAUUGAUGUGCGCCAGAUUAGCUGCACCAAUCGAUUCUCUUACACGUUUCGGCAUUGAACAACGUUUUGUGUUGGGAGGGCCUCGUCCUUUUGAGUCGGCCGGUCUCUCUGGCCCUUGUCUUUUUUGUCGGAUGCAAACCAGGCAAACGUGGCGAUGAGUGCAAAGCUGAAUAGGGUAGCUGCGGAGAAUAGUUCCUUCAUUGCCUCUCGCUGUGCGGAUGAACUUCGAUUUCUCAUAGCUUAGGAUUCGCAGCGUGUCUUUAAAAAUGGAGAAAGAAUCUACUCAAAAUUUUAGGUCAAACUUUUGGGAAAGCUGAAAAAAAUUAAAGUUCAUAGCGGUCCUGCGUUAUUUUGUAAUUAGCAAAGUUUCUGCAUUAAAGUUGAAAAGUUGCUCUCUUUCCAAGUUAGGGCUUCUACAUUGAAAUUUAUGAUUUUUUUUUGGAAUUUUUUUGCACAGCCGCGUCGCUUUUGUACUAUCAGUCCCUCAAACUUGUAUCGAGCGGGAUGAUAAGCGGCUCAUCGAUUUUCGCGCGUUUUGAGCUGAACUUUUUACGUUUUCAUGUCGUCAGACUCGUCCGACGGCGAAAUAAAGAGGCGCCAGGGUGGCAGAUUCUGCUAAACUGAACAACAUGGCUCCGCCGUCGCAUCAACGCGAGUGUACUGUGGUGUCACAGAACUAUAGUUUUCCAUUCACUGUUUCCUGUGUGAGAGCAAUUAUAUGCAGAAAUCGCAGUUGUUUCUGGAAGAAAUAAAAUGUUGACGUUACUAAAAAUUUUUCAUGAGAACCAAUCAAAAUAACUUACAACGCCGAGGGAAACACUUGGGAUUUCGAAAGUGUGAAAAUUGAAUGAUAAAGGACUAAAGAUUUGAAAUUAAAACAUAAUGUGAUGGAAAAAGAGAAAAAAAUUGGAUUUGUGUAUUAUCUCCCAAAAUAAUAGAAUGAGAAUAAAUACCUUCUCAAAAGUUUAAGGUCCCUAAUUCCCUCGGAGAUGACAGCAAAUCAGACAAAUUGUAGUAAAAUGAACCCAGCAGGGCAAUGAAAUUGCACUCCUUCUUACAUUUACGACCUUCGUUAGAGUCAUAAAUUAUCUCUUCUUCUCAUUGGACAAGAGGAACCGUUUAUGUCAAAUUUGACAAACCGUUAAAAGGCAGGAAAAAAGUCAAAAUUUUUUUUUCAAAGAUCCUUGAAAUACGAAUUUUACAGGAAGCCGGAACACUUGAUCGUGAACCUGCGAAACCUCUGACGGACGCGGAAAGAACAGUUCUAGAAGAAAUCCAGAAAAAAAACAUCUUUCCUGCAGUAGAAUGGCUGAUCGAGCACGCUCCCGAAGAAACGAAACUGCGUUACGAUUUGCACAAGCAACAUGUUGUUGAACUUAUUGCUAAUGGAGGUGAGUUUUCCGAAGACUCAUCGGAAAAAAAAACAAAGCAGCGAAGAAUUCGAUCAAAGUUGUAAACGGUAUAUCUGAUAAAGUCUGGAAUUUGAAAAGGUAACCAGCAGGAGGUUGCAAGGUGGGCUUGAGAAGGACUUAGGUUGGUGUUCAGAAAGUCUUUGGAAGAUGAGACAUUGAAAUGCCUUUUAGAAGGCUUCUGGAAGGUAAGUAGAAGUUUUGGAAAGCCUCUUCCAGGAAAGCUUUCCGAGGAGCCGAAAGCAGAAGUUUCUCAAUUUUUACCUGAGAACUAACAACUCCUUUGUUUCAAGAAAAAUUAAAUUCUGAAAAAUGUACAGUUACUGGUCCACUGUUUGCUUCGAUUUUUUUUCUUAAAAAAAUGUUGAGAUAAAAAAAUCUUUGAAAUAUAUGAUUAUUGUUUUCAGCAAAAGAAGAAGGAAUCAUCUUAGCGUGCCGAAGCUUGCGUUUCCUUGGAAGCGACUGUGAAACUCCACUGGUCAUGGGUGCCCUUCUUUACGGUACUGCAUCCCAGGAAAUGAAGCGCUACAAGUCGCUUUUCAAUCCAGUUCUGUGGGAAUCCCUUUUUGCACGGCUUGUCGACGUUAUUACGAACCAUCGCUCCUCGCUCACCGAUCUGUACGUUUUUUAUCUUGCAAUGUUUCAAAGCGCUUCUCACAAAAACGUUUGAUUUAUUGGAUGGCCGCGCUGAACGAAACGACGUUAAAAAUAGAUGCUGCGUGGGAAACGAUUUACCAUCAUUUUCCGAGAAAAAAUCCUCGCAGAUUCUUAUCAGACAUUUGGAAUCUGCUUUUAAUCGCUUUUAGAUGGUACAGUAAACCAUUACACUUUUCUCCGAAUGAUAAUUUAAAAAUAGAAUUGAAGCUUUGAAAGCUCAGCAAUGACCAAAACUUCUAAAUAGGGAAAAAGUUGACUGAAAAGAACAUUAUUGAAACAUUUCGAAUGAGGAAACUAUUUUAAAUUUGAGUGUUUUUCUUUUUUUGGCAGAAUUUGCACUCUUGAGAAAUUUCACCUGAGUUUUUUUGAUUUUCCAACAGAAUAGGAUAUCUCAAAACUUUCCCAAAAUUUUUUGAAAUGCAACUUUCUUGCUCUUCUGAUUCAAGCAGAUAAAUUUUCAUAGACCCUUCAACGUUUUUUACGUCUUUGGGGGCGAAAUCUGUGUUCAUUCGAUUAUUUAUCAUCGAAAUGAAUUUUAGCCAUGAUCAGUUCAAGCAUUUCAUUUCUAUGAAAAAUUUUUAUUUUAAAUGAAAUCCCUGGGAAUUAAUUGCAGCCACAUUCAGAAUCACCGUUGGAAGCACCGCCUUGCCGAUGCUCGCCUCACUCCGAAGACAACUGUCGAAUCCAGGACUUCUGUACGAUGAAGAACUGCCGCUGGAGAUCAAAAUCCAAAAACACGCACAUUCGACGUUUUCGUGCCCGAUUUUGAAAGUGCAAAGCUCGGCUCGUAACCCGCCGAUGAAGCUUUCGUGUGGACACGUCAUAUCCAACGAAUCGCUUCACAAACUCGCUGCGCAGUCCAGGUGGGACCCAAGAAGGUUUUUCAAGCUUUUUUUAUUUAUAUGUGCGCUUCGUGUCGUCGGACAUCUGCUGUGCAAAACUGUCAAAAAAAAACUGAGACGGGCGUUUUGAAAAAAGCUUGAGUAUGCUAGAAAACCAAGCAAUUAGAAUUUAUGGAAAGAUAAAAAAAAAAUGCAUCUUUGCUCACCGAGAAAGGCUUUCAAUUAGAAGUUGAACAAGAAUAAACUUCACCAGAAGCUGAUUAUUGUCAAAAAAGCGUGUGUCCUUGAUAUAUUUAGCUCAAUUAAUUUUGGAGACUGCGCAGAAUUGUCAUCAAUUUGUAGGCGACCUGCUACAAAAUGCGACGGAGAAGAGGAAAACAAAUCUAAAAAAAUAGAAAUUUUCUUCACAACUCUUUUAGAAAUAGUUUUUUGGAACUAGAAAGCUUCAAUUUUCAGUCAUAGAGCUCAGGAUAAAUGAAAGUCUUUUGAAAUAUUUAUUGGGCCCUUUGUUGUAAAUUGUGAAUACUAAUGCCAAUAAGCGAUUUUUGAGCUCAAGAUCUUUUUCCCUUAACUUGUUAGCUCUUUUAUAGAUCAGAAAUACGUUCAAUCAAGCGGAAAAUAUUUUCAAAUUGUUUUUCCUGCUAGAAAAAAUGAGCACGCUACAGUUUUUCUUUUCAAAAAAUUUCGUUUCAAAACUUUUUCGCCUGCCAAGAAAAGUACGCUCACUGCAUAGUUUUCUUUUUUUAGCUCCUCGAAAUGUUCUUGAAAUAAGCCCAUCUCUUUGAAUUUUCAAAAGAAAAAAUUAUAAACUGAUAUUGAAUUUUUUUUAAGUGUUGGAAAAAUAUGAUCUGAAUUUGCUCUUCAAAAAACGGUCCGAAGAAAUCUUUAUUAGUUGAAAGCGAAUAUGAUCCUGAAGUCCCACUGGGAAGACACUUAAUGUCAACAUGUGUGACCUAAUUGACCUUCGCCGUUGACCUGCCGUCUGAGUUUUGCACAUUGCUCCUCUCCCUGCAAACUUGCCCAGAGUAGUCGAAAGAUAAGCAAAGAUGCUAAAUGUUCUCUAUUUACGAUUUUCCAUUACGAAGUUAGAUAAUAAUUUCAUGAUUUUUGGCAGGAGUUGAAUGAUAAGCGUUAGGUAUUCUUCCUGAACUUGAGAGCCUUCGGAAAUGUGUAGUCUUCAGAAUUCAUUAUUGUUUUGAGAUUGUUUGUAUCCUCAUUUCUAAAUCUCAUUCAAAAUAGCGAACGGUAUUUUUCAACUGCUCCCGUAAGUCCUAAGAUUCCCAAGUUAUUAUGGCGAAAAAGAUCGCUCAGCAUUCUUAUUCAAGUUUUCAAGUUUCUGGUAUAUCAUUGCUUCAAGACGCGCGAGCUCAGAAAUUCUCGAGCACCAAAAAUUUAAAAUUUGAGCUCAAAAUUUUCAACUCGAGAUGAAAAUUACUAACAAGAAAUCUUAGGCUCUUUCUGCAUACUUUUUAGUUCAUCGAAAACCGUAUCAAGCUAUUUCAAUAUGCUUUUUCAUUUUCCUGCUUUAUGUAAAUUCUGAGUGUGCCCAUUUAAAUUUCGACAAAAAUUUUUGAAAAUUUUCUUUUUGAAAAAAUCUGCCUGAACUAAAAUAUGAAAAAAUGGUUUUAUUUGGAAAAAAGGCGACACUUACGUAGCUGUUGACCCACUUGCUCGUCUACCAAUCGAUCAAUACGCCGCGCCAGCCGGCAGUCAGCACAGACGCAGGCGCAGCCAAAUAUUCAAAGAGAAAAAAAAAAGCCAACACACCCGCAACUAGCUUUCACGAUGAUCUCAGAAGUGUUGCAACUCUCAGAUCAGGGUGAAAACCGAUUGCGAGUGGCCGGCUGAGAGGAAAGGACGGUAGGGAAGGCGAUGUGCUGCUGCUGGUGUGCUGAGCGCUGACUGACUGACGAGGCAGCCACGCGAACCGGGAGGAGUCCAACCGGAGGCGUGGCCGCAGUUCCGUACAAUCGAUCAAUCAGCGACGACCGACGCCCCAAAGCGCCGCGCAACGCGAACACCGCUUUGUUGACCUUUGCUCUUUUGCAGGCACAUGCGGCUCAAAUGUCCAUACUGUCCAAGAGAAUCACUGGCUGCCGAGGCUCGCAAGAUCUACUUUGGAGAACCCUGA